UACGUUCACUGUUAUAAAGAAUCAUCCACCCGUUACUUAACCGGUGGUCACUUGACUUUCUUUUCCUUUACCAAAAACUAGCUGAAGAGUACUCAGCUUUUUAGAAGGAAAAAAAAAUAAAGAAGCUCGACUCUUUAUAUCUUUUAAUUAAAAGAUAUACACCUUAGACUUCUUCUCGUUAGGGAGAUUCAAAUCCAGUUACAAGAGAGGUUGAUAUCGUCGGUGCUGUGCUCACAUAAGAAAGAAAAGGAACAUUCUGAAUACUAAGUAUAUUUUGUUACUCUUAAAAAAAUUGUAUUGAGGCUCUCUGCUUCUUCCGUUAAUUUUGGAUUUAUUCAGCAGCAGCUUUUGACUUGCAUUUAAUUUUGUUAGAAGGAUGGCGGAAUUAAGCAGUUCCAGAGGUGAUGUAGACGGCUGGAUUGAACAGCUGUCGAGAUGCGAACCUCUUUCUGAGGAUGAUAUUUACCAAAUGUGUGAAAUCGCCAAAGGAGUCUUAGCGAAUGAAUCGAAUGUGCAAAGUGUACGGUGCCCAGUAACGGUUUGUGGUGACAUCCAUGGGCAAUUUCAUGACUUACAAGAAUUGUUUAAUAUUGGAGGACAUUCUCCUGAUACAAACUAUUUAUUUAUGGGUGACUAUGUGGAUAGGGGAUAUCACAGUGUGGAAACUGUCUCAUUAUUGGUAGCACUUAAAAUCCGAUUCCCUCAUCGCAUUACCAUCCUUCGUGGUAACCAUGAGUCUAGGCAGAUUACCCAAGUUUACGGAUUUUAUGAUGAAUGUCUUCGGAAAUAUGGCAAUGCUAAUAUAUGGCAAUGCUUUACUGAUCUUUUUGACUAUUUGCCUUUAACAGCCUUAAUAGAAGACAAAAUUUUCUGUAUGCAUGGAGGUUUGUCUCCUAGCAUCGAUACCUUAGAUCAUAUCCGUAUUCUUGACCGUAUUCAAGAAAUUCCUCAUGAGGGUCCCAUUUGUGAUCUUCUUUGGUCCGACCCAGAAGACCGACCUGGAUGGGGUAUUUCUCCUCGUGGUGCUGGUUACACAUUUGGACCAGAUAUCGCCGAGACUUUCAAUCAUAACAACGGCUUGGACAUGAUUGCAAGAGCCCAUCAACUGGUUAUGGAGGGCUAUAACUGGACAAAUAGCCAUAACGUAGUGACAAUUUUUUCUGCUCCUAACUACUGUUAUCGUUGCGGAAACCAAGCAGCCAUCAUGGGAAUUGAUGAUCACAUAAACUACGCGUUUAUUCAGUAUGAAACUGCACCCAGAAAAGAUGAACUAAGGGUUACAAGGAGGACCCCAGAUUACUUUCUAUAAUUUCUUUUUAUUCUUUUCCUUACUUCUAUGUCUUACGCUACUGUUUGGCAAGUCAUUAUUAAUUUAUUCAACUCUUCUCAUUUAUACUUAAUCUCAAUAAAUCAAGCUUCCAACCGCGUUUUUUGAAAAUUAGCACGCUGUAAUGUUAUGAUCCAUGAUAUUUUUUUGUCGUCUAGUCUUGCAAUAGGCAUGGACUACUCUGGCGAACUAAUCAGGAGGAGGAUUGUAUACAGAUGAAAAGCUAGAAUACUACAAUUCUUAACAAAAACCCAAUGAAACUGUUUUAAAGGCGUUGAAUACUUCCAAAUAGGUUGUACCAAUAAUAAAUUCAUUAAGACACUAAUAGCAAAAUUCCAAACUAUGACAAGGAAAGCCUAAUAAGAUUCAUACAAAAUUCAUUAAAAAGCAUGAUUCUAUGCAU